CAAAGCCCAAUCAUAGCACCCCUCGGGGUUCUCUCUCCAUCUUUUCCCUCUCUUUCUUCCUUCCUUCCUCGUUCCUCCCUGGUUGCCCAAAUUCUAGGGUUCAGGCGCAUCAGUUUCGAAGAGGUUUCUCCGCACAAAUCAACCGGCGAGGCUUCGUUACUCGCCAACAGAAUCCGGCUAUAUUUUACACUCCAUCCAUUUACCCUAACCGUUCUAUCCAGAACUCCAGUCUGAUCUUCCUGCGUCCGGCGUCGAAUCCAUCAUCGUCACUGGCCGCCAAUCACCACCAGUCUCCGCUAUAUCCACCGAGACCCUACCAGCUCCGACCGCCAAUUAUCCACUCCGACCAGUAUCAGAGCACGGUCAUUGCUGUAGAAUAAAAGGGAAGAGGAUUAGGACUAUCUUGAGAUGGUUUGUUGACUCUGCUCGCUUUCUCAUCACCUUACCUCUCAACCUUAGGUUAGUAUAUCUAGACGUUCCGGGCUUAUAGAUUAGGGUUUAAAGUUGGCUGUUAACCGGAGAGAGAAGAGAAGAGAAGAGCGGAGCAAUGAAUCCCUUGACGCUUGUGAAACGUAUCCAGAGCAUCAACUCUAAGGAAGCCGCUUUAGGGAUUUCAGAGGAAGCUUCGUGGCACGCAAAGUACAGAGAUUCAGCUUACGUCUUCGUCGGUGGGAUUCCUUUUGAUCUCACCGAAGGCGAUCUCCUUGCUGUGUUUGCUCAGUAUGGAGAGGUCGUGGAUGUUAACCUAGUUAGAGACAAGGGUACUGGCAAAUCAAAAGGUUUUGCGUUUAUUGCCUAUGAGGAUCAAAGAAGUACUAAUCUUGCCGUAGACAAUCUCAAUGGGGCACAGGUCCUUGGUCGCGUGAUAAGGGUUGAUCAUGUUACUAGCUACAAGAAGAGAGAAGAGGAAGACGAGGAGACAGCACAGAAAAAUAGGGAGGCUCGAGGUGUUUGCCGUGCGUUUCAGAAAGGGGAAUGUACACGUGGAGCUGGUUGCAAAUUUUCACAUGAUGAACAGAGAGCUGCAAACACAGGUUGGGGUGCUCAAGAUAGAAGUCCAAGGUGGGGACAGGAUAAGUUUGAUGGUCCACAGAAGGGUGAAGAGGAAGAUGAGGAGACAGAGCGAAAAAAGAGGGCGGCUCGAGGUGUUUGUUAUGCCUUUCAGAAAGGGGAAUGUACUCGUGGAGCUCGUUGCAAAUUUUCACAUGAUGAUCAGAGAGCUGCCAACAUGGAUCGGGGUGCUGAAGAUAAAAGUCCAAAAAGGGGCUAUGAUAAAUUUGAUGGUCCAAAGAAGCGUGAAAAAGUUGUCGAUGAGAGAUCUAGUGGAAGAAACUCUAGACUGAGUGACCUGAGAGAAGAGGGAAGGAGAUCAAGGAAUUAUGAUGAUUAUGGAAGUGGGCCGCAGUCCGGAGAAGACCAGAGGACCGUAAGGCCAAGGGAUAGUCUGUAUGAGAAAAGGUCAAGAGAGGAUGUUCAUAGGAGAGAUGAAAAGAGAUUGAAAAGGGAUGAGGAUGAUGAGAAGAGCACAAGAAGGCAUGAAAGCGAUGACUUCAAGGCCAAAUCAAGGAGCAUGAAGACACACGAAGGCGGUUAUGGAGGGGAAGAGAAGAGUUUCAGGAGACAGAACAGUGAUGAACUUGGAUCGAGGUCAAUGGAAGAUGACAACAGGAGGCACGAGAAAACUUCGAGAGGGAAUGAGUCCAAGUACUAUGCUAGGGAUGAUAGAGACAAAAAGAGAGACGAGAAACGGUCUGCUCGUGGAAUGGAUUCUUCGUCUGAUCGUGAUAAAAGAGACGAUCACAGGAAUAGAUAGAAUCUACUGGGGCUUUCCGAUACAGAGUUUGCAGCUUGAGUUCUGACGACAUGGUUUGAAGGUAUUGGUCUCUAUCUCAGUUCAGAUUUGUUCUACCUUCUCCUAGAUUCGUGUGAUCCAAUCUAUGAGUCGCAGCUUAGAGAAGCAGGAUGCAUUCAUGACACACUUAACAGCAUUUACUUCGUAGGGCCAAUGUAGCUCAUGAACCGCUUGGUCAUUUUGACUACAUUUCCAUCUUAAUGUCGGUGUUCCAUGUUGACAGCAUGUAUUUCUUAGUGCCAAUGCAGCCUUUGUUAUGCCGUUCAACAUUCAUAUGUCAGGUUCUCCUUUUCUGAAGGGAAAAUCAUAUAUGACGGCAAUUCAAGUCGAGACUGGGCAAUUUUUGUUUUCUUUCACAGGCUCAUAGCACUUGUGGGUUAAUAGCUUCUCCAGGUUGCUUCAAUUACUCUUUGCUAAAUCCAAUUUUCCGACUCCAGCAUAAGAAUGCAUCGUUGCUAAUUUGAUGUUUCAUCUUCAAACAGAUAUAUGAUAUAUCAGCGAAGUAAAAAGUUUGAACUACAGGGUCGUUUGGAAGUUGUGAUUGUUUGUUGAAUACAUGUAUUGUGCGCAAUACAAU